AUGGCCGAGAAACGAAGACUGUCUGCCCGCGAGCGUCGCGAACCUGCGGCGAAGCGACGGGUGUCCGAAGCCGCGCCUCGAUCUUCGCCUCAGCCUCAGCAAUCAUCCAAACGAAAGGCUUCGACACCAGUCGUUGCUCCAACUCCCCCUCCUCCACAACCCGAAGUCAUCGAGAAUCCCCUGCCUACAAAAAUUAAGGAUGGAGAAGGGCUCCCCACUGUGCCCACUCCGCAGCCGGAGGAUCUCCCGUUGAAGGAGUUCCAGUCGAUUGCAGAAAGUGCGGUUCUCCUAACCUCAUUGGAACGAUCGAAGAAGAAAUGGCUCAGCGACGGCAUCUUGGAGCGGUACUGGACCAAGCCCAAGAAAACCAAGAGAGAACAAAUCGAAGGCAAAAACCCGCCCAAGGAGAGCAUGUCGAAGGUUGGAGCUUGCAACAUUGUGGUCGGUCCUCAUUUGUUCGAUGCUAUGCUAUAUACGGUGAAAGACCCCAAUGCGCCGCCGGCAAUUCAGUACACACCACCCCAACGUCCGAUGGUUCAUUAUGGCCAUCCUAAUAACUUCCAACAAUAUCAUCCGUAUCCCAACGGUCCCACUCCGCCGCAACAUCCACGCCAGCAGCAGCAGCAACAACAGCAACAGCAGCACCCUCCUCACGCAACACCGGCCACUCCAGGCACACCUCAGCAGGGCUACCCUCAUGGCAGCCACCCACCUCCACCGCAUCCUGCUCGAACGCCUAGCCACACUCCUCACCGUCAGCCUGGGCCUCAAGCAGCGCAGCGACCCCCUCCCUCGCAAAAUACACAGCCGCCUCAGCCGCCGAAACCCAGCCCAGAUCCAGUAAUCCAAAUGCUAGCGACAAGAGCCGCCUCCGAUCCUGACCUCAAAUCCUUGAUGCGAGUGGUGGCUUCCAGCAAAGCAUCUCAGGAGCAACUGCGUGCUUUCCAAGCUCAUAUCGAUGAACUCAACGCUAUAAUUCGAGCCAGGGAGCAACAGCAACAACGACAGCAGCAGCAGCAGCAGCAGCAGCAGCAGCAGCAGCAGCAGCAGCAGCAACAGCAACACAGACAGCCAUUACCGCUUACUCCGGCGCAUCCACAGGCUGCGCCUAGAACGCAACAGCCUCCCUCACAACCUCAGACACCACAACAGACGCCACACCCUCCACCUCCGCAACAACGACCUCCGCAGCAGCCAGCCCACCCGAAUCCCCCAGCACAAUCCCAAUCUCAACCAAAUCCGCCUGUCGAAGUACAAAUUCUCUCGCCAUCUGGGAAAUCAGCGCAACCUGGCAAUACGGCACAACCACCGCCGACCCCGACCCCACAAGGCUCGAAGGCACUACCAAUCAAACAAGAACCUGGAUCGGUUGCACAAAUCCAGCCGGCUACUCCACAAGCCCCGAAUCUUCCUGUUGCGCCAGGACCGACAUCGGCUGUAGAAGUCGCUAAGCAACCAACCCCAGCAGCACGCCCCGCACCCCCAACACAGCAGCAGCAGCAGCAGCAGCAGCAGCAAGCACAACAACCGCAACAACUGCAACAAGCUCAGACCCCAGGACCACGCUCUGGGCCAUCUCACCCCCAAUACCAGCAAGCUCCUUAUCAAGGCCAGCCACCUGCAAUCCAAUCCCGGCCGCCCCAAUACGGAUCACCAACUCCAUACUACCGCCCCGCACCGGCCCCACCACCACCUCCGAGACUCAACUACAAGUCCGUUGUCUUCGAAUUCACUUCACCACUCACUCCUUAUGGUAGCAGUACGUCCGGACACGCAGGCUCCGGGGACCGCUAUUUGUUCCCGGAGUACACAAUCCUAGAAUGGCUUCCUGGAGGAACCACCGUGCUUGCAUCUUUCCUUCUCGUGCGGAAAGUGGAUCCCAACACCCCGUUCCCUAUCGAAACCGGCUCGGAACCACCGUCCAGAGCCAAAGGCAAAUCCGGCUCCAAAUCCAAGUCCAAAAAGGCCGCGGAUAAGAGCAAGACCCCGGCACCCCAACCAGACAAAGCUAAGGACGCAGAGAAGGAUAAAGAGCAAGACAAGGAGAAGGGGAAAGAGAAGCCCGAGCCCGAGACCCCGUCCGCCACCGCUACCACUACUGGCGAUGGUAAAUCCGAACCCCCUAAACCCAACCCAACCGAGGGCGACGAACAACAAGCCGGCGAGCAACCCGACGUGAAAGCCGGCGCAGCCUCAACAUCAACCCCAACCCCUUCUUCCACCCCCGCCACCAAACCCACCACGGACAAAGAACCCUCCACCCCCGCUGCGGCGAAGAACGACAAGAAAGACGACCCCAACCUGAAAGAGUACUACCAACCGGUCACCUUCCGGAUCUUCAGCAACAACCCCAAAGUCCUCGAGCCGCUGAGCCGAGUCGUCAAGCCCCCCGACGAGGUGCGCAAGUACAUGAACGAGAUCAUGGACCGCGCCGAGCGUGCGCCGGAGGGGUUCCUAGCCUAUCGCCUACCCCGGGAAGAGCCGGAGGAUCCCGCGGCCGCCAACCAAGGCAAAGAGGCCGAGGACGUGGGCCGCAAACCGGGAGGGACACCUGUGCCGGGCCAACGGAGCAGACUUAGUUCGCGGGGCCACAAUAAGGCCGAGUCGGAUGUCGAACUCAGCGAGCAACCUGGUGAGGAUGGGGACGAGGGCGAGGAUGCCGAGGAGGAGCUGAAGGAUUUCUAUGGGCCGCCCACUGGAUUGCCGCCUUUGGGAGCUUGAAUUAUAUAGAACAGUGC